AUGACAACAGACACGCUCAACUCCGCGGUCCCGCCCCAACCGGCCACGACGCCGGGCACGCCCUCCUCCUCCUCCUCGUCAAACAUCAAGAUCCGUCCCCGGCUCGAUUCCGACCUGGACGAGGCCGUGCAGCUCUGCGAGCUUCAGCAGCCCGGCUCAGAGUACCCCUGGUGCUGGCCUCCGCCAAUGCCGCCAGCCGACUUCGUGAAGCGCGGCUCAGAGCUGUUUUCGCUCGUUGCCUUCUCCGGAUCCAAGAUGGUGGGACAUGUCGCUGUGCAGCGCAUCGCGCGCGACGACGAGGGCAUCACGUGGCUCGAGGGGCUCGACAUCCCCGUCGGAGAAGAGGACCGUAUCCGCAGCGUCUCUGUGCUGUUCCAGGAUCCUGGACUUAUGGGCUCCGGUCUUGGAGGACGGUUACUCGACUCGGCAGUGCAGCUCAUUCGCAUGACUGGAGCUAUUCCUGUGUUAGACGUGCUCGGCAAGCGCAAGGCGCAUGGCGUGUACGUCGCGCGGGGCUUCCAGAGCCUCGGGUACGGAGACCCGGACUGGCUGAAGGGAUGUCACAUCAAGGAGCGGGUCGAGUUCUUCCACCUCCCCGAGGAUACUGGACGUACUACCCUUGACAUUACGGCGGGACGAGUGGGCGGGAAGGAGAAGACGAUCUUUGGCGACAUCUACGUGCCCGUCCAGGCUGGGCUGGAGGGCGAACUACCCCGUCCCACGAUGAGCGAGGGAGAGACGGACCUCGUUGCGUGCCGAGUGCUCGCCGAGGAGGGACCGGAGCGGGAACGAAGGGGAAAGAAGGCGUGGCUUGCGUCCAGCGGCGAUGGAAGCUUGCAGCUGUACGUCGAGAAGGGCGCCGUGCAGGAGGGCCAGAGGAUUGCGCUCGGCGUGCCGUCCCGUGCGGUUGCUGUCAAGCAGUGA